UGGAGACUGUAAAACUUCCUGAUAUCUUCUGUCUGUGCAGUAGCGUGUGAAGACAGUCUUCAGCAGCGCAGGUUUGACCAUCUCUGCCCAGAAAAGAUGUCUAUCUUCAGAAAAUUCUACCAAAAUAUAAUUCAUGACAGAGACCCUGAGAAAGACACCAUUAAACUGAGGGGAAAAGUGACACCCGUGUUUUAUGGUACAGUAGCACCAUACCCAAACUUCAAUGCCAGCCAAGAUGCUUCAGUUCUCCAGAGUGCCAUAGAAAGUAAAGGAGUGGAUGAGGAUGUGAUCAUUUCAGUCCUGGUCAAAAGGAACAAUGAGCAGAGACAGAAGAUAAAGGCUGUCUAUGAGGCUUCCACCGGCCAGUCACUGAGUCGAGCUCUGAAGUCUGCUCUCAGGUCAGAUUUAGAGGACAUCUCACUGGCCUUGUUGAUGAAUCCAGCACACUUUGAUGCCCACUUGCUCAGAGAUGCAACAAAGGGACUAGGCACAGAUGAAGAUGUCCUAGUGGAAGUUCUGGCAACGAGGACAAAUGAACAGAUUCGAGAGCUGACGAAGGCCUUUAAAGCAGACUACAAUAAAGACCUGGCAGAUGUUAUCAAGGAUGAAACCAGUGGUGAUUUCACCACCGCUCUUCUGGCCAUGUUGAAAGCACACAAGGAUGAAAACACAAAAGUUGACAUGGAUCAAGCCCAAAAGGAUGCAACGAUUCUCUUCGAAGCUGGUGAGAAUACAAAAGGAGUGGAUGUGUCUACCUUCAUCGACAUUCUGACGACACGCAGUGGACCGCAGCUCUCCAAAACGUUCCAGAGGUACGCCUGUGUUAGUGACAUGACCUUACCUAAAGCUCUGAACAUGGAACUGCGAGGAGACAUUGAAGACUGUCUCAUUGAUAUUGUGAAAUGCGCCUGGAGCACACCUGCCUUCUUCGCCGAGAAGCUUCAUCGGGCUAUGAAGGGCCAUGGCACAUGUGAAGAUACGCUGAUCAGGGUGCUGGUGAGCCGCUCAGAAAUCGACCUGAAGAAGAUCUUGGAAGAAUACAGGGCCAUGUAUGACACAACACUGCAGGAGGACAUAUUGAAAGACACCAAGAAACAUUUUGAAAACAUCCUCCUUGGACUGUGUGGCCCCCACUGAGGAACUACAUCACUGGAACUUGAUGCCAGCUUUUCCACCACAAAUAUAUACUCCCUCCUCCAGUAUAUUUACACAUACAUAGACAGUAUAUAUAUGUACCACUGAAUUGAUGAUCUAAUAAAGUGGGUGUUGAGUAAUUGAGCAGCAACAGCAGAGGCUAUGUCAUUUCAACACGUUCAAUCAAGUGUUUGCGAUAACUUGCAAUGAGUCUCUUACAGCGCUGUGGAGGAAUUUUGGCCCCCUCAUCUUUGCAGAAUUGUUGUAAUUCAGCCACAUUGGAGGGUUUUCCAGCAUGAAGCGCCUUUUUAAGGUCAUGCCACAGCAUCUCAAUAGGAUUCAGGUCAGGACUUUGACUAGGACACUCCAAAGUCUUCAUUUUGUUUUUCUUCAGUCAUUCAAAGGUGGACUUGCUGGUGUGUUUUGGAUCUUGUCUUGCUGCAGAACCCAAAUUGGUUUCAGCUUGAGGUCACAAACAGAUGGCCGGACAUUUUUUGGUAGACAGCAGAAUUCAUGGUUCCAUUUAUCACAGCAAGUCUUCCAGGUCCUGAAGUAGCAAAACAGCCCCGGGCCCUCACACUACCACCACCAUUUUUUACUGUUGGUAUGAUGUUCUUUUCUGAAAUGCGGCGUUACUUUUAUGCCAGAUGUAAUGGGACACACACCUUCCAAAAAGUUCAACUUUUGUCUCGUCAGACCACAGAGUAUUUUCCCAAAGCUUGUGGGGAUCAUCAAGAUGUUUUCUGGCAAAAUUGAGACGAGCCUUAAUGUUCUUGUUCUUCAGCAGUGGUUUUCGUCUUGGAACUCCACCAUGCAAGCCGUUUUUGCCCAGUGUUUUUCUUAUGGUGGAGUCAUGAACACUGACCUUAACUGGGGCAAGAGAGGCCUACAAUUUUUUGGAUGUUGUUUUGGGUUCUUUUGUGACCUCUUGGAUGAGUUGUCGCUGAGCUCUUGGAGUAAUUUUGGUUGGCCCGCCACUCCUGGGAAGGUUCACCAAUGCUCCAUGCUUUCACUAUUUGUGAAUAAUGGCUCUCACUGUGGUUCGCUGGAGUCCCAACCUUUUCCAGACUUACACAUCUCAUUUAAUCUCAGUUAAGUCAUGUUUUAACGGAGGCGGCAAUCACUUUUUCACACAGGGCUAUGUAGGUUUGGAUUCUUUUUUCUCCCUUAAUAAUAAAACGUUUCAUUUAAAAACUGCAUUUUGUGUUCAGUUGUGUUACCAUUGACUAAUAUUUACA